AUGAGUCUGCCUUUCUCUCCUUUCUUCUCUCAAACACUUUCCCUCAGUCACUCUCUGUCUCUCCUUGCUUCUCUCAAUAACUCUCCCCAAAUGUCUCUUUCUUUCCUUUCUUCUCUCAAUAACUCUCCCUCUGUCUCUCUUUCUCACUUUACAACUCUAUAUCAGAAUCUAUCUAUCUAUCUAUCUAUCUAUCUAUCUAUCUGUUCAUCUCACUCUGUUAGUGUUCUAUCUAUCUUACAGUCUUUUUAUCUAUCUAUCUAUCUAUCUAUCUAUCUAUCUACUCAUAUAUUGUCUAUCUGCUUGUCUAUUCUUGUCUAUCAAUCUAUCUGUUCAUAUAUAUUUCUAUCUAUCUAUCCAUCUAUCUAUCCAUCUCACCCUGUUCUAUCUAUCUGUUCAUUUUUCUAUCUCAAUCUGUUCAUACCUAUGUUUGUCUAUCUAUCUAUCUAUCUAUCUAUCCUAUCAUUUCAGCUGUAUUAA